GGCCCCCGGCUGGACGGGCUGUUCCUGCGGCGCUUCCUGCGGCUGCAGGCCGUGCUCUUCCCCGGCUGGCCCUCCCCCAGCGCCCUGAUGUUCCUGACGCUGCUCGGCGUCGCCUUGCUGGAGCAGCUGGUCAUUUACCAGGUCGGCGUCAUCCCCAGCCGGUACUAUGAGGUCCUGGGGAACAAGGACUUCUCCGGGUUCAAAACGCUGACUGCCGUUGCCCUGACUCUGAUCGUAGCGAACUCCACGCUAAAGAGCUUCGACCAGUUUAUCUGCAACAUGAUGUACGUGAGCUGGAGGAAAUCCCUCACCGAAUACCUCCACAGCUGCUACUUCCAAGGCCAGGUCUACUACAGCCUGCACGUGCUGCGCGAGGACAUCGAUAACCCGGACCAGCGCAUCAGCCAGGAUGUGGAGAGGUUCUGCAGGCAGCUCAGCUCCAUGGCCAGAAAACUCAUCAUCUCACCCUUCACGCUGGCCUACUACACGUACCAGUGCUUCCACAGCACAGGCUGGCUAGGCCCGGUGAGCAUCUUUGGGUAUUUCAUCAUUGGGACAAUUGUCAACAAAGUAUUGAUGAGCCCAAUUGUGUCUAAACUUGUGCAGCAGGAAAAACUGGAGGGGGAUUUCAGGUUCAAGCACAUGCAGAUUCGUGUCAAUGCGGAACCAGCUGCUUUCUACAGGGCCGGGCGAGUGGAGCACAUGCGCACGGACUGGAGGCUGCAGAGCCUGCUGCAGACCCAGAGGGAGCUGAUAGGGAAGGAGCUGUGGCUAUACAUUGGGAUCAACACCUUUGACUACCUGGGCAGCAUCCUGAGCUAUGUGAUCAUUGCCAUUCCCAUCUUUUCUGGGGUCUACGGUGACCUGAGUCCAACAGAGCUCAGCGCCCUUGUCAGCAAGAAUGCCUUUGUUUCCAUCUACCUUAUUGGCUGCUUCAGCCAGCUCAUAGAUCUCUCCAGCACUGUGACCGAUGUCGCUGGCUACACGCACAGGAUUGGUGAACUACAGGAGACCUUGUUGAGCCUUGGCAGAAAAAAAAAUAACAGCUACUCAGAAGUCAAAGCCAGCUGGGAUUUGGAUGGCAGCCAUUCUGGGGAGGACCCAGUGCCAAGGGACACAGCUUUCCUUCUGGAGCGAAUGACGCUCUCGGUGCCAUCCUCUGGCAAGCUGCUCAUCAAGGACUUGAGCCUCAGGAUCUCACAAGGAAACAGUGUGAUGAUUGUGGGGAACACUGGCACAGGGAAGACAUCUCUCCUGAGGGUCCUUGGGGGACUCUGGGAGAGCACGCAGGGGAGCAUCAAGAUGCUGACCUGCUUUGGCCCUCGGGGAGUGGUGUUCCUGCCGCAGCGGCCCUUCUUCACCGAUGGAAGCCUGCGUGAGCAGGUGAUCUAUCCCCUGAAGGAGAUCUAUCCAGUUUCAGGGUCUGCAGAUGAUGAGAGAAUUGUGCGAUUCCUGGAGCUGGCUGGGCUGACUGAUUUGCUGGCAAGGGCUGGAGGACUGGACAAGCACGUGGACUGGAACUGGUAUGACAUCCUGUCCCCAGGGGAGAUGCAGAGGCUCUCGUUUGCACGGCUCUUCUACCUCCAGCCAAAAUAUGCGGUGCUAGAUGAAGCCACCAGUGCCCUCACAGAAGAGGUGGAGCAUGAACUGUAUCGUGUGUGCCUUCAGCUGGGCAUGACGCUGAUUAGUGUGGGACACAGGGCCAGCCUGGAAAAGUUCCACAGCUGGAUUUUGAAACUUCAUGGGGAGGGAAGAUGGGAGCUCACUCAGCGCGAGAAGGUGAAGCAGCUCCCAGUGGGGGAAGGAUGCUGAAAAACAUGCCCUUGUCUGGUCAGCCACAGAACCUGUACACGCGUGGGAGAGCUCUGAAUAGUAGACAUGGAGCUGCCGAGCCAGCGGCCGUCAACAAGGGAUUCAUCCAGUGCAAGACCAGUUCUGGAUUUUGCUGAUGGACACAGAGCCAAGUCUGAACUCAUGGUGUGGGGUUCUGCCAGGAGCAGAUACAUCUAUGUGAUCCUUCUCCCACCCCCUUCUCCUGCCUCCCUCCCUCUCAUGGGGGAAAGGGCUGAGCUGCUAGGCUGCCCAAAGAGAAGAUGCUGCUUAUGGGGCUUGUAGAAGCAAUGGCGAGAGAAACCUCCACUUGUCCAGGAUGCAGUGGUGCAAGGCUAGGAUGCAGCCUCCUGUUCUGCCCUCUGUGCCUUGCUGGGACCUCUGUCUCUUUGAUGCACAGCUCUGCAGAACAGACUUCUGUACCUGUGGCUCUGUUGAGGGUUGUGCUCCCCAGCAGGAGCCAAGGGAUGCACUGUAAGGGGAAGAGAAUGCUGGCACAGAAAAGGGGCAUGUCUCUGCUCUCCUUCUGACACAGGGUUA